AUGGACAAUUCUAGAAUGAACUCUUUCCUGGAGUACACAAUUUAUAACCGUGGGAGUAAUGCCUACUCCCCUAAGCCAGUAUACCAUCAUUUGGACCAAGGUAUCACGGCUCCUUUUUCCGCUGGUACAACAAGUGACAGCUAUAAUACUGAUGGACGGUUUUUCGUGGGCGACAGUGCUCAGGUUGCCUCUGAUCAACAUCAGCACCAGGGCUACGCACAUCACCAUUCCCAACCAAGUUUUGCGGGCCUAGGUCCCCCUUACGCAAACACAGGGGCCACAGCGUAUGGGCCGCAGGGUUCGAAUCUGGACUAUGGGCACCAUCAGUAUUUUGGCAGUCAAGAGCCGGACGGAGUAUAUUUUCAGUCGUCCGGCAUCGCGGCCUCUAGCAUGGGGCAUAACUUUGUCUACGGCGGGGCACCGGGGGUGGUCCCCACGGGCCCAUAUCAGCAACACGGCUGUGGGGCGCAGGAGCACCAGCAGGGGUUUCUUCAGAGCACCUACGCCGACGUGUCUCCUUCCCAAGGUGGGGAGAAGGAUCCGAACUGUCACCCAGAACAAAUUUCAUCGGGCAAGACCUUCGAUUGGAUGAAAGUUAAGAGGAACCCCCCUAAAACAGCGAAAGUAGCAGAUUAUGGAAUCGGUCAUCAGAACAUAAUCCGCACCAACUUCACCACCAAGCAACUGACGGAGCUGGAGAAGGAAUUCCACUUCAACAAGUACCUCACCAGAGCGCGGCGCGUGGAAAUCGCAGCCACCCUCGAGCUGAACGAAACCCAGGUGAAAAUCUGGUUUCAGAACCGCAGGAUGAAACAGAAGAAACGCGAGAAAGAAGGGCUCGCUCCUGCCGUCAACCGGGCUUCCUCCAAGGACCUCGGAGAUAACUCGGACCAUUCAACUUCCCCGUCUCCCAGCGCGUCUCCCAGCUCAGAGACUUCAUGA